CAUACAACUUAAUGCUCACGGUGUAUAUACGUGUACGAAAUCUACUCGCAUGAACUUUAUGUGUGGUUUAUUAGUUUCAAAUAGAUUUUGGAGAAGGUGUGAGAAACGGGACUAUAUAAAGUUUUCGUGUUUACUCUCUCAAAUUAACUGCACUAGUAGAGAUAAACUUGAAUGGGACUGGAUAAACGGGUAUUUAAAUAAAAGGUGUGAACAAAAGGUUAGGAGAUCCAAUAGAAGUUUAAAACGCAGACAACCCUUUUUUAUCCGUCGGUUAUAUUAUCGUCUGAAGCAAACACACAAAGCUAUUUCAUUGAAGUUAAAAAUGAAAUGAGAAGCUACAACUAGAAUUCCUCGAAUUCCAAGCAAAUCGUAAACAAAGGCAAAGCAUGUUUAGAUAGUAAGCUCUUGGAUAAUUAACCUAUAUUCGGCUAGUGAUAAGUGGGGAAUGAUUAGUAACGCAUCGGUGAUAAGUGAAGGGACUAGACGUACAUUUACUACAGGCUUGUGACAGCAUUAAAAACUUGGCGGAUUAAGAAAAACCUUUCAGUUCACGGAUAAUUCACUGCCCUAGAAGGUGACCUCUUGUUUAUUAUUUUUAUCAUCUCAAGUGUGAUAUAUAUUUAUUGCAAAGACAAUGGGACCGCUUAACCUAUCAGUUGUGUUUUAUUCGACUGCUUUCUUGUUCUUUUCGCUGUGCUCAGCUGACGAUAAGUGUGGUUCAAAUUUUAGCGAAGGGGACAAAUGGUUUGACGGGUGCAAUUGGUGUACAUGUGAAGCAGACGGACAAAAGUGUACUAAAGCCGUGUGUUCAAUUUCUGACAAUAAACACCCACGUCAAGCUUGUAAAAAACCUGGUGAAUCGUGGAGAGACGGCUGUUUUCAUUGUCAAUGUUUACCGAAAGGUAUACGUUGUAAAGUGAACAAAAGAUGUGUAAAAUCGUUGAGUGACGCCCCUGCAGACUGCAAGAUACCCGUCACUGAUCAAAAUCUAUGUAUUUGUGGCUUGGACGGUGUCCCUUCGUGUGCAUGGACAAGUUUGUCACAAACUUCGGAUUCCCAGGAGAUACAUCCAAAUGGAAUACUUUUGUCAGAGCAACAAGUGACAUCAAACAUUGAAUUAAACGACGAAGCAGUGGAAAAGGAAUACAAUGAUCAACCUAUGCCAUUAAUUCCUUCUAAAGAAAAAGGCUGCCAUAUUGGUUCCCGUUGGUAUGAAGGCGGACAACGUUGUUACUGCGAUGAUGAGAGUGGUGUCACGUGCGGAAAUCCGCGUUACAUGGCCCGGAAAGUUGAUGGAUAUAAAAUUCGUCGCAAAAAAUGCAAGACCGGAAAGCAGUGGAAUGAUAAGUGUAAAUAUUGCAUUUGUAAAGUUAAAGGGCUGUCAUUCUGUCGAAUUGAUCGUAUAUGUAUGAGGAACAAAAAAAUCGGACACUCUUCACGAAGUACUAGAAGAUGUGCAGGGAAGUCUUGUAAUCUGCUGAAGUUAAAUGGUAUGACUGAGUGCAAGAUUGGCGAUCAUUGGAAAGAUGGGUGCAAACGGUGCCGAUGUAAUAAAAAAGGCAAACCUGUCUGCAAAAGCCGUCAUUGCAAUCAUUCGACUGAUGAUAAAACUGACGGGAAUGUAUUGCCUAGCAGACGUUUAUCGACAGGUGGUCUCGUACCUGUAUCUCAAACACCAUUCAAAAUGCCUGAUAAGCCACGGUUCCGUAUGCCAACAAUGUUUUCGAGUAUUCGUUUCAACGGAAAAGAAAAACCAGUAGAAAAAAAGAACUGUAAUGGUUUUAAACCCGGUGAAAAAUAUUGGGAUAAUUGUAACUUAUGCCAUUGCACCCAGAAUGGUGACCCGAUGUGUUCUUCCCAGUUGUGUUAAGGUUAAAACAGUUCAUAAAGACAAAAAUAUUACUUUUUCUUGAUAUUUCUUUUUUUCAACAGUAUUAAAUUUUUUAAAGAUUAUGAAUUAUAUGCCCAGUUUUUAAUCUAGUCAGUGUAGUGGAAUUACCCAAUUCAUCUCCCCUUUCCCUUAAAAUCUUUGUUGGCAGCUCUACAGAUUCGUUAAUUCCGGUUCUAAAGACACGUUGUCUGUGAUGCAUUUAAGUUCAAUUAUCUCCAAAACAUAUACAGGUUAUUAAAAUCCAAUUCGCGGCUUAUAGUUUUUUUCAGGCGAAUGUAAAAAAUUCCAAAACAAAAUGCCCUCGGCACUGUCCUCAACUACCUUUCAGUCUGUAGACCAAUUAGAUUUCAGAACGGGGCCGGGGGGGGGGGGGUAAUAUUUUUUAUCAUCAAGUAACUAAAUUACAUAGGAGGCAGACGGCCAAGAAAUCGAUUUACACCAACCGGCCUUUUUUUUUAAUCUGUAUACGAUAUACUUUAAGGAAACGGUGGGAUUCGAGUUAGUUUAAAAAGAUUUGUAACUUUUAAGGCAGACAGUUCGCAAAUAUCUCGAACGUGCUACACACACUAGUAUUAUACAAAUAGUUACAAAAAUUAUGUUAAUUUGAACUGAAUAUAACAUACAGUUAGUAUUUAAAUUAUUUGGGAUCUAUAAUGAGAACGCGUUUGAUUUUAUAUUAAACUUUCAUUCUCGCAUGUCGGCCCUUUAAGAAAGCAUGCGAAAAUGAAAAAUGGAAACUAAAACAAAAUACUGAAAAACACGAAUGAAUUUGAUUCAAAAUAAAGCUAGUUUUAUUGAUA